AUGUCCAGCGCUCUAAGUCAGCUUCCGCCGCCCAAGGCAGUCCAGCCCAUGAAAGUCAUUGGACUUGGGGCGAGCAGAACAGGAACCAUUGGGCUCUUCCAGUCUCUCAAGCUGAUUGGAUACCGGCCUUUCCAUAUCACAGAACUCCUUCCUCAUGGAACAAAGCAGAUGCAUGCUCUGGGUGAUGCCAUGAUUGCUAGUGAAACCGCUCAACCCUGGUCUCGUGAGGAUUUCAACAAGCUCUUUGGAGACUACGAUUGCUUGGUAGAAUGCCCUUGCUAUUUUGGAACAGCGGGCCUCGAAUUGUUCCUGGCCGAUCCAGAUAUCAAGUUCAUCCUGACGACUAGGAGUCCAGAAUCGUUUUCGAAAUCUCUGAGCUCUACUCUUGGCACAUACUACGCCAAGCUAGGUCAAUGGCCACUCUCGGCGGCGAGACACUGUGACGAAUUUGUAUGGGAGCUUGAGCGCAUGUUCGGGCUCAUGUGGAACCGGUGGUCAGAUGGCUUGCACCCGAAUCACCCCGAGGCACGUGCAGCAUUAGAGAAGAACCUGAAGAUCUACGAGGACAAGGUCAAGGCCCUCGUCCCACCCGAGAGAUUGCUCGUACUCGACCUCAACAAGGGUUUCGGUUUCAAGGAGAUUUGCCAGUUUCUUGACAAACCUGUGCCAGAUGAGGAGUACCCGAGAUCCAAUGCCCUCGCGGAGUUCAACGCCGCGGCCGAGUACAUACUUGCACCAGCGACACGGAAGGUGAACCUGAUCACCUCAACGGCAGUCAUUGGCGUCUCGGCUAUCAUUCUGGGAUUUGCCUUGAGAUGCCAUCAGAUAUUCUCCAGGCGGUGA